GACCUCCAUCAACCACGUGGAGUAGUACCAGAGCAGAGCUAGAGGUAUCUACCAGAGUACUCUGAGAUAUAGUUGACUGUACGUGUACAUGGUAGAUCUAGACCAGCUAGACUAGACAGGCCGGUUUAACUUCUUUCUUGUUUGUUGGAUGGGCUCCAUUAUUCCUCUUUGCUGUUUUCUGUGAUCCAAGUGAGUGAUCUGUUGCUGGGAUGAACUUCUCAGAUGAGGUGAAGUGUGUCUUCUUCAGCGAGUUUCAUCACAUUGCUGGACCCAAGAUCACUUGUCAGGUUCCCACUGACUUCCCUCUAAGAGACGCCUUUGAUGAAGUCCAUGAUCUGAUAAUCACCAAGCCACAGCUUUACGACAGACUCAUAUCAGUAGAUGUUGCCGGGUAUCGAGUGGUGGGCUGCCCUAAGUGCAUUGAUGAUAAGAAGUACAAAAGAAAUGCAUUCAUAUUCAAUUUUGUGUUCGUUUUUGACUCCUCCACUGACCACACCCCCUAUGAGCCGCUCAUACAGAAGAUUGGAGAAGCCUUCAGAACGUAUGAGCUGGAAAGCUCCUUCCUGUCUGAGGACACACCACAGAAGGUGGCCAAACUCUCACACAUCCUCACCACCAUCAGAGACAGACUCAACACAUGUGGAUUCUGCACCAUCAACAUUGAUGCGACCAAUGAUCUCCAUCUGAAGAUUGUGCCCUUGCUUCAAGAGCCACCCACUGUACUCAGCUAUCACGUUCCUAUCUUCACGUGUACUAGGGAAGACAUUACUAACGUAUCAUGGGACCUAACGAUUGAACAGAUACUACCAUAUGUGAAUGGGUUCAACCAUAUCCAAAAGAUAGCUAUGGAGUCUGACGUUAACAUUGACAUUGUCAUGAUAUGUGUGCAGCAUCUUAUUGUGUACAAAUUUGUCAAGUUAAUCAGCAUUUUUCAGUACUCAAAUAUGUACGUGUGUCUGCCCAAGGUAAAGACACUACUCACUAAUACUAACCUGCAGAGUGAGUGCCUUGACUAUGUGGCCAUGGAAGGCUCCACCCCCAAAGCAUCUGAUGUGUUCAGACUGUUUUGUAGUUUGGAGGCGGGGCUCACAGUUCGCGACCUUUGUAACAGAAACGAUCUCAGUGCAAUGGGAAUCAAUGAAAGGAUGCUGGUUCAGUUCGGUCUGAUGAGAGAUUUGAUUCGUCGACUACAGAAGUACCCGGUGCUCGGUCCCACGGUGGACAUUGAGGAGGCCCCUCCCCUUCCAGAGCUACAACCACUCACAGAGUUUGCUAAUCUGAUUGCAUGCCUGUUUGAGAGUUAACCAGAGUUUCAUUAACAGUGUCCUAAGAAGAAAGACAUUAAUCUAUAGACUCAGUGUACAUCCCCUCUUUUGUAGGUAAUCUUCCUUUGUCAUUGUGUCAUGGUGUGUGACUGUCACAUUUUCUUGCAGUGCUUCUGUACAUUUACAAUCAGCUGUUAAUGUUCUACUACUUCUCAAUAAUAAAUUUUUUUGUCGUUCAAAAUGUAGACCAUUUCCACAUUCGAUUUGGUGCUGUAAUUAGAACAACGUUUCUUUUGUUGGCUUUACCUAUGCAUGAUUUAAUAAACUUGAGUUGUCAGUUCUUUAACAAUUACCCUGGCUAUAAGAUUUAUAAUUAUAGAACGGGUUUUUGAAAGUCAAUUAACAUUCUCAUGGAUUACAUUUCGAUCACGAUAAUCUGUCUGUGUUAAAUCUAGCCACGGAAAUAGCCAAUUCAGAGGAGGCGGGACGUGUGUCAUCAGUCACAUGGCAAUGGAAUGUGUGGCAUAUAAUGUUUAUGUUAGGCUCUUGACCUUUAACCUUUCCUUACAUUUCAGUGUAGCUAAGGUGCCUGUGGUAGAUCUACUGUUGUGCUCUCUAGCAAGCUCACAUCACCUUCUAGUAAUCUCGAAUAUUGUAAACUGUUAUGGAAGACGGUAGGUAACCAACCUGAGUUAACCUCCCUAGACUGCUCUCCGUAGUAGCUUAUAUACAGUAAAAACCACUAGGUUUGAUGGUGAAUUUCAA